ACAUCGAUGAGCCGGUGUUAGUAGGCUACCUGAGGACUGAACCGUAACCUGUGGAUCCGCUCCCAGCAGCAGCGCCAUGGGGAACUCCGCGUCCAGUCUGUUGGAUGACACCAAAUCCAACUACAUAAAAGGCCGGGCCGAGGCCGAGCUGAGGGAGUUCAGCCCCUACUACAGGAAGCAGUUCUCUUUGGCUCGUUUCUCCAAGGUAGAAGACGACCUGGAGCAGCACAAAGAGAAGAUCACACAGCUGCUCAAACAGAGGGGGCCUCCUGACGAGGCCGAGGUGCUGUACGAGGAUCCCGUUCUUUACUUUGACGACACCAGGAAGUGGAGGGAGAGGUACGUGGUGGUGAGAGCCAACUACUGCCUGGAGUGUCACGAUGGCAUGGAGACCUUUAUUAAAGGGAUUCCUCCCCGUCAGAAGCUGCUGCCCACAGGGGGCACAGUCCUGACCACGGAGGAGAAGUACAUGGCCAUGGUGGACAAGUGCUUCCGUGAUGACACCAGUGUGAAGGAGGACUUUGCUCCUCCUCUGUCUGGGAUGCCUGGUGAGUUCCCCGUCUACCUGCGUCUGCCCUACAGGAGAGACUACUACUUCUGCUUCAGAGAGGAGGCCAAAAAAGCGGCCUUCCUCUCCAUCCUGUCAGACUGCAUCAGACACCAGAACCACGACUUCCUGAAGAAGAAGACGUGUGAAGUGCAGGCCUUCCUCAAAGCCAUCCAGCUCUACAGACAGGACAAAGGCCAAUACGAGCCCUGGGACAUGCUGAUAGGAAGUGAUGUCAGGGUGAUGGCCAACCUGGUGAUGGAACAGCUGCUGCCGAUUCUUCAGAAAGAUCUGCUGCCUCGCCUUAAAUCCAAGAAGGCAGAGAAGAAGAGAGUCUGGUUCGCUACGGUGGAGGCGGCGUACAUCGUGGUCCAGGAGCAUCUGUUGGAGGGACUCGGUGCGCUGAAGGAGGAAUGCCAAACGUCAGUCCGGCAGCAGGAGGUGCUCAUCCACUCCGACAUGGACCAGAUCCUCAAUACCAGGCGGCAGCUGGAGGAAAAAGUCCGAGCCAAAGUGUCGGCGCGGGCAGAGAAGCUGUUUUCCGAGUCGGUCCAGCCGUACCUGGCCUCCGUCCUGGAGGAGCUGAUGGAGCCGGUCAGCUGCGGCUUCCUGGAGGGACGUCAGCUGAGCGAACACGCCAUGGACCAGGUCUGUCAGGACGUCCAGCGGCUGGCGGACAAGGAAGAACUGAGGAAGGCUCUGGCGGACAUGGCCAGACCCAACCUGCUCAGCUGCUACCAGCAGAUUGCCUCCCUGCAGGAGAGACUUCAGGACCUGCAGGAGAGAUUUGGUUUAUCCAGCAUUUCACGAGUGAUCUACAGCGCUCAGAUUGACCUGCAGCAGCUGACGGAGAAUGCAGCCUACACGUUUGAGCUGCUGCUCCACAAAGCCAUCCAGGACAACCCCGACAACCCCGGCUCUGCCAUCGAGAAGGCCAAACCCAGAGUGCUCAAGCAAUACGACUAUGACAGCAGCACGGUGAGGAAGAGGAUCUCCAGGGAGGCUCUGGUCUACAUCACUCUGCCCUUCAUCAAGAAGACCUUGUCCUCCUGCAAAACUGAGCUUCAGGGUCUCGAGGAGUCGGUCUACGCCGAACACUCCAACUUCAUUCAUAUUGAGAACAUCUACGAGGGCAUCCUCCUGCAAUCUCUGGACAAGGAGGUCACCAAAGUGGUGAAGGAGGCGGCCAGCCUGAAGAAGUACAACCUGUUCACAGACAGCAGAGACCUGCUCAGUCAGUCCAGCCGCUCCAGCCUCUCGUCCCCGCCCGUCUCCACGCCGGGAACCCCCGCAAUGGAGCUCGCCUCCCACCUCAAAACGUCCGUUGAGCCCCAGCCGCCGUCGCCUCUCGCGGGGAACGGCCCGCCGUCCAUCCUCCUGGAGGAAGGGCAGCCGGAAAAGGGCGUGAACUUGGGGGACACGCCCCUCAUUGGGACACCGCUGGGGACGGCUGGACAAAAAGAUGCGCCUAAGAUUGUCCCAGUUGCGGAGGCGGCAGAGCCAACAUCGCUCGUAGAAGAGGAGGUCUUCCACACCGUGGGGGAAGCAGGCCCCCCAGCAUCCACCCCGGGUGAGACGCAGGAGGUAAGAGUAGAAGCAUCUCCGGAGACGGUGAUCCAAAAGGAGAAGAUAUCUGCAGAGUCAGAAACACCGGAGAUGGCCGCUGAGCCUCAGGUGCAGCGUGCGGAUGCGCCGAAAGAGGCCGAAGUCGCGUUGUCGGAAAUCCCCACUGUUGUGGAAAGCACAAAGGCAAACGUGGAAGAUGUAGCGGCAGAAGAUCCUGCACCAAGUCAUGACCUUACUAAUGAACCAGAAGUCCUUUUAACGGAGACCACUGUUUCCCAACCUGCACCCAGCAGCGAAAAAGGGACAAACUGUGGAAACUCCGAAAUCGAGUUAGAGGCUCCCCCUAGUGGCCAAACACCUGAACUCCCGACCGGCAUCCAUGUCAGCAUGGACACGAAGCUACUGGAGGCAGAACCAGUGACCGUCGCUGACCCCUGUUCUCAGGACGCGUCGGUGGGGAGUGAGACGGCCCCGUCAGAGGUGGAGUCCACGGGGGAAGUGAAAACGGGUCAGAACAGCGAGGACGAGCGCAAAUCACCCGUCCGCCCGGAUGAAACCAGGGCCGACGAGCCGUCUCCUCCGGCCCAGGCCGACGCUGCGAUGGGGGACGGCGGCAGAGACGCUGAGGCGGCCCCGAGCGCGGAGCCAUCAGCUGGGGCGGCAGGCGCCGCCACACGUCAGGAGGAGAGCCCUAAAGCUACGCCCAUUGGCAGCAUCAAGGAGAUCCGCGACCUGGUGGUGGAGGUGAUCGAGGUGGAGGAGUUGGUGAAGCGGUAUCCCUGCGGCGUGCCAAAGGAGGAGGAGUGAGGCGUGAGGAACUGCAUUGCGGUUUUCAUUUCGACGAGGGACAAAAAUGAUUCUGAAUGUUGUGCUGGAGGGAACCAGAAAGGAGCGUCCCGCCUCAAACCGUCCUGGAGUCAGAACAUUUGUUCAGAAUCUGGUUAACAAAGACUUUAACAAAACAUUCACAACAGCUUCCAUGAACUUUUUUUUUUU